GUGACGAGGAUAUUUUCCACCUGUGAAGGUGUACGUGACUCACGCGACCACACCUUUGCUGCGUAACGACAUAUAAAGGCACAUGCUGAGCAUCCCUGUCACAGUCUUCUAGCAAGCCGAGGCAAAGAGCUCACACCUGGAAUAUCCAGCACACUUUACUCUAAAGCAUUAUCAUGGAGGAACAGCGAUUCCCACUGAGUGUCCGUCUGAUUGGAGUGAUGCAUAAGGAGAAGAGCAAAAUGUUCAUGACCUCCGUGCUUUGGUCGGACCAGAAUGAGAUUGUUGUUUACAGAACUUUUGGAGAUUUCGUAAAUAUGCAUAAAAAGCUGAAGAAAGUAUUCCCACCCGCAAGUAAACUAAAAAAAUCCGACAGAGUCCUCCCUAAAUUUCGAGCCCAAAAGAUUAAGCGCCAAGGAAAAAAGAAGGGCCCCACCAAGUCACUCGCGCGGCUCAAGUCUCUGCAGAACUACUGUAAUGAACUUUUGAGCUGCGAUGCGCGCGUCGCUCAGUCUGCAGAUGUCAUCCAGUUUUUCCACCCCAUAGACCAGGACCUGCAGCCAGAGUUCUCUAAGAACAGUGUCAUGAUCAUGCCAUCAGAGGAUGAAGUCCAAGCAAAGGUUGGCGGGGGUAAUGUGACCCAGCCAUUUGUCACCGAGACGUACAGAUGCGUGGCCCCGUAUGAGACCAAAGACACCAAGAACAAACCUUUCAAAGUGGCGUUGGAUGAAAAAGUGGACGUGCUCAUCAAAGACAAAGCAGGGUGGUGGCUGGUGGAGACAGAAGACAAACGCAUGGCCUGGUUUCCUGCACCAUACCUGGAGAAGAUGGAAGAUGAUACUGAUGAUGAUGAUGAUGAACUGGAUGGGCCAUAUGACAGAGGAAUGCUGUACUGUGCCAUCAAGAGCUAUAAGGCCACCAAAGAUGAUGAGAUAACUGUAUCUAUUGGAACUGUGGUGGAGAUCUUACAGAAGUCUGAUAAUGGCUGGUGGCUCAUCAGAUACAGCGGUAAAACCGGUUACAUCCCCACCAUGUACCUGCAGCCCUACAACUACCCUCAAAUCCGCAUGACAGCCCACAAACAAGAUAAACGCCCCUCCUCUCCGUUCCCACUCUCGGGCCUGGAGCACCAGCCGCGUCAGUUCAGCCACUCACAAGGAAACCUGCUGCUUCUCUCACCUGUCAGGUCGUCCUCACCCCAGCCACUCCAACUGGAAAGCAGGCAGAGGUCACACUCUCUGAACACCCUGUCUGACCAACUUCCUCCUCCACCUGCCAGGAUCACCACCCCAAACCCCCCACCUGCUGACAGAGCCGCCAUCACACCUACAACCCCCACUUAUCCUCCUCCGCCUGCAAUCAUGGUGCAGAUGGAUGGAGAAGAAGCACAAGGUGGCAAGAGCUGGAGAGACGAAAGCCAGGAAAGCUUUUCCAGUGACAGCACCGACUUCAGCUUCAGCGAUGACCUCAGCUCCUCCUCAGCAAGCUCCAUUAUGAACCUGAGUCCGACCAAGAAUGAUGACCAGAUGCGUCUCAGCCGCACACCACCUCCUCCCUCAAACAAUCGCCUGAGCCCGACAACCGCCAAUGAGGGGAGACUGAUGCCCAGCAUCUCUGAUCCAAGCCUCUACAAGGGCCCAACAUCACCCAAAGUUCCACCCAGACCGCAGGCCCAGGAGAUCCUCCAACGAUGCACCACUGUCACUCGCAAGAAUGCAGCCAGAGGAGGAGGUUCACCCACAUCACCUGAGAUUCUGAGCCGUUGAAGUUUCGGUGGAUGUUCAGUUUUAAAACCAAGGUGUACUCUUUGGUGUAAAGAUGGAGUUGCAAACUGCGAGUGAACUUGUGAAGGGGGCCGUGGAUACAAGAAGAGUGACAGAACUUUUUCAGUAAGAAAGAAAAUAAAAGGCACAAGAUGUAUUUAGGCAAAUUAGCAGAUUUUUCUUUUGCUGUAUUGAUAGAAAUGUGAAUGUUGACAUUGUGUUUGAAGAGAGACAGCCAACAAGUACGCAUCAAAUGUACAAUGUACAAAGGCUUUGCUUACCUAAAAAAAAUUUGCAAAAUCAGAACAAAGGUAAUUCACCAGAAACACUGAACACAUCUCUUUGCUCCUGUCUGUGUUACAUGAUUAUUUUCCACACUGGAAACCUUGUGUUGUGCCUUAUAUGCAUCUUGACUUUUAUUGCUUGCAGAGAGAGAGAGAGAGAGAGAGAGAGAGAGAGAGAGAGAGAGAGAGAGAGAGAGAGAGAAAAAGAGAGACAUUUUGUGUAAGCAACAGUACAUAUUUGUCUGAGAUAACAGUGUCUGUGUGUGUGUUUGCUGACAAGUCUAUUUCCUGCUUUGAGUUUCACUAACAGCUAACUCAACAUGAUGAAUGAGAUGCUUGUAAAUAACUGAUGCUUGUGAAAAAUGACUGAAUCUAAUCAAUAUAAUGCUAUUUUAUUUCUGGGUGUAUUCAUGUCAGGGAAGAGAUUGCAACAAAUAAAAGCUAAUUUUGGGAGUGAAA